ACGGCACAAGCUCUGUGCUCAUACCACCAACUUCUGUGUAUAUUCUAUCUAUUCAUUGCAUUCUUUCUGUAAUACCAACCAUUAGCCAUGGCCUCAAGCUCGUCUUGGACUCCCAAGCAAAACAAAUUGUUUGAGAAUGCUUUGGCUAUCUAUGACAAGGACACCCCUGACUUCUGGCCCAAUUUAGCCAGAGCUGUUGGUGGCAAAACCAUUGAGGAGGUUAAGAGGCAUUACGAGUUGCUGGUUGAAGAUGUUAUGCAGAUUGAAGCUGGCCAAGUUCCCUUGCCCAAUUACAGAAAAGCUGGCAAAACCUACAAUAACUUCAUAGAUCAAGAACAAAGACAAUGAUGCAGGCUGAAGGGGCUAAAGCUGCAGUGAAAUAUGAACCAGAAUCCCAUCAUCUGAUCAAUAAGGAUUCAAGUGAUAAGUGCAGACCUAAGCAACAAGCAUCAAAUGCAAAUAUAUAUAUUUAUCUCUCUUUCUCUCAGUUAUUUUAAUUUCUCCUUAAAAUAUUGUAAAAUAUUUUCAUAAUACGAAUCAAGUUCAGUCAUAAAUAUUAAAAGAUUUGUAUUUUAUA